AUGUUAGCAGAAAAUCUCUCCACAGUGACGGAGUUCAUCCUUGCUGGGUUAACAGAGAAACCAGAGCUGAAACUGCCCCUGUUCUCCAUCUUCCUUGGAAUCUACAUGGCAACAGUGGUGGGGAACGUGGGCAUGAUCAUCCUGAUCCUGCUCAGCUCCCACCUGCACACCCCCAUGUACUUCUUCCUCAGCAGCCUGUCCUUCAUUGACCUCUGUUAUUCCACUGUUAUUAUCCCCAAAAUGCUAGUGAGCUUUGUGUCAGAGAAGAACGUCAUCUCCUACCCUGGAUGCAUGACUCAGCUCUACUUCUUCAUUACCUUUGCUAUAGCAGAAGCUCACAUGUUGUCUGCAAUGGCAUAUGACCGCUAUGUAGCCAUCUGUAAGCCCCUGCUUUACAACAUUAAGAUGUCCUAUCAACUGUGCUCUUGGAUGAUAUUUGGCGUAUACAGUAUGGGACUGAUCGGUGCCACGGCCCACACAGUCUGCAUGCUAAGAGUGCAUUUCUGUAAGGCUGUUAUCAUAAACCACUACUUCUGUGAUCUUUUUCCACUAUUAGAACUUUCCUGCUCCAGUACUUUUAUCAACGAGAUACUAGUUCUCUGCCUCAGUGGUUUUAAUAUCCUUUUUCCAACACUGAGCGUCCUCAGCUCUUACAUCCUCAUCAUUGUCAAUAUCCUUCACAUCAAAUCAACUGAGGGAAGGUUCAAAGCCUUCAACACCUGCAGCUCACACAUCUCUGCAGUUGUUGUUUUCUUUGGUUCAGCUGCAUUCAUGUACCUGCAGCCAUCCUCAGUCAGCUCCAUGGACCAAGGGAAAGUGUCGUCUGUGUUUUACACCAUUCUCGUGCCCAUGCUGAACCCCCUGAUCUACAGCCUGAGGAAUAAGGAUGUCAAAGUUGCUCUAAAGAAGUUACUUGAAAAAAGUUUAUGA